GCAGUUUGUCGAUUUUCGUCGCCGAACCAACCACCAAUUGCACCUAUUUUGAAAGGAGACUAUUUCUGUUUGAAUUUACUCAGUAUAUAUAUUCAUGUCUGCGUGUACUUUUUGGAAUAUGUAAAUAUAUUUAUAUAUAUAUAUAAUUUAUAUAUAAUAUAUAUAUAAAUAUAUAGAUGCACUAAUAUUCAUAUAUAUAUAUAUAUACAUAUAUAAUUUACAUAUAUAUGUAUAUAUAUAUGUAUGUUCAUAUAUAUGUAUAAAUAUAUAUAUAUAUAUUAAUAUACAUAUACAUAUAUAUAUAUAUACAUAUACAUGUAUAUAUAUAUUUAUUUUUAUUUAUGCAUUUAUAUACAUAUAGAGAUAUAUGCAUAAAUUUUUUAAUUGAUAGCUAAUUAUAAGAAAAUAUAUGAGCAUACGUAUGUAAAGAGGGAUAUGCUACUUUAUACGUAAGUGCAUAGAUAAACGUGUCUCACUUCUUUCUGCGUUGAUCUUAUUUGUGCCUAUUCUAUAAACUGUUCAUUUUACUAUUGAAACGGAGAAAAGAAACAAUAAAGGAGAGAUAAAUAAAAUUAUCAGAAGAAGAAGCCUUUAGAAUCUUCAUUGUUCUCACUAAUUUUAGAGGAAGGAAUUUUAUUCAUUCCAGCCUCCUUUUACCAGGUAAGAAAUUUCUUAUAUUUUCUUUUUCUUGUGAGUUUAAUAUUAGAAUGAUAGCGCUAGAUAUCAGAAUGAUUUGAAUGGUGAAAGGGAAUGAUAAACGUAUUCAGAGAGUGAAAGAGAAAGAGAGAGAGAGAGAGGAGAGAGUGAAAAAAUGAUUGAAUACUGUGAAAGAGAGACGAUGACAACUCGUAAUGUAUACGCAUCGUUAGAUAGAAAGAAUGAAAAAGAGUUAAAAAAAAAAACAAGGAUAAAAUUAUUCCCUUAAUUUUUUGAUUGCCAAGUAAGUCGAUUUAUUCAUUGUAUAUCGCUUGAACGGAUUCUUUGAUAACGUUUAUAAGGAAUCCAAUUGAUUUGUAACAAAUAGAAGGAGGAAUUGGGUGAAAAAAUUACAGCGUUUUUUAAGAAAUUCAACUUUUUUUGGCCACUUUUGAAAUACUGUUUAAAUUACAUAUCAUCUAAAUACAAAAAUGUACUAGUUACUUUAAUUUGCAUAGCUUUGAAAAACGGAGAAUAACAUGUGGAAACGCCGUAAUAAAUAUUCAAUUACUGUAAAUAAGAUAAACUGUUUAUUUAGAGUACAUGUAUAUUUUUUCCCAUUUUAGCUACACUGCUAUCUAGUUACAGUUGAUUGGGUCAAAGCUGUAAAAAUAAUUAUUCUUUUUUUAUUUUUAGAAUUUUCUUCCUUUCUUUCUUUUUCUCUCACCCGCUCACUCACUCUCUCACUCACUCUCUCUCUCUCUCUCGCACACACACACACUCUCUCUUUCUUUUUGCUUCUGAUAAGAUAGCAUCUUUUUUUACCAUUGUUUCAUAUUUGAGUUUAUGCUUCAAAUGGACAAAGAAACUAGUAAAUAGAAAAUAUUUUAUUACGGUAUAUGUUACUAGAAAGUUUUCUGGUUUACUUCUUUAUCGCUCUGGAAUGACAUAAAAAAUGUUUCUCAACCGGAAAGAGGUUUACUUAUCCAUCUAUCGGUCGUAAAUUUCAAGUUUUAAGUGUUUCCCUCCAUCAGGAAUGAGAAAAAAUCAAACAUAUGCCCGUGUAUUAUAUUCUUUUUAUAUUUGUGAUUUUUAUCAGCAUUUUAAUUAUGGUUAGAAGGUUUAAGAGGCUUACAAAGCGAGUAUUACAGUAAAAAGGCUAUGUUAUACAUACACUUAAAGCUAAUAUUCUUAAGGGGUAAGGACGUUAGAACUGGGGUGUUGUCCAUUAUUUUUAUUUGUUCUAUUUAUCUUGAAACAUGAAAAGUUAUUCGGAAAAUUUUUUUACCAUUUUCACAUCAACAUGUAGAUUACCUAAAAAAAGAGAAAGCCAACUAAUCUAGACACGAUACCCACAUUAUUAAGUACUACCAGCUUAGAAACUAGAAAAACACAUUUUUUUUAGCCAGGUAGAUAAUACUUUGAUUAAAGAAAAAAAUUAUUUACUAUAAAGUUUAUAAUAAUAGUAAUAAACAUAUAAAAAAAGCUGGCGAAAAUCUCUUUAAUAUCUGUAUGCUUUUUUGUGAUUAAAGGAAUAGGACAAUCUCUUCAAGGUAAAGCAAUUGGAAAGAGGUCAAAUUUUUUUCCCGUAAUGAUACUAAUUGUAUACAUUUUGUUCUUGGAAAAGUAUUUACUUUAAGCGAAAUUGAAUUUCAAAGUACCGUGACAUGAAAUUAAAUUCACCACAGCAAUAAUUUUAUAAGAAAGAGAAGUAAACUCAGAAAUAUUUCCAAUAUAUGUUUACCUUAUAAUGUCAAAAUUGAUAGAUACAAAAGGAAACACUACUUUCCUCUUUCCCUUUUUUUUAUGGCAUUUAUUUUUUGUAUUUUAUUUUUAAUUGUAAAAUUAUCUAGUUUAUAUAUCAAUUUUCUGUUUACAGGCAAUUAACAACACAUGUACCUGUUGUAAUAUAUCUUUAUAUCUAUUUUUUUUUCUUUUUAAUGGAUUAUCCUUCUAAAACAUUAAAUUGUUCGAUAGAUACGCCUCUAUUGUUUUAUGUAAUUCGCUUGCCCCUCCAUCAAUUUCUCUAACCCUAUCCGUAUAACAUAUACGAAUCAUUUAUCAAGCUGCUAUAGAAACAGUAAUUAAACUUAAUCAGACAUCCAUCAACAAAUUCUCCAUUUCCGCUAUAGGCUUGAGAGCAUGACUUUAACUUAACAAAAGGCAUUACGAAAGAAGGUUAAAAAGAACAAAAAGUUUUAAAAAAGAACACUUGGAAAGAGAGAGAGAAAAGGGGGAAAUAGAAUAGGAAUAUUGAAAAAAAAUAUACAUAGUCAUAUAUAAAAAAAAAGGAAAUGGCGUUUAAUCCAAACCGAUACUAUUUCACAAUACCGUUCAAUAAAGAGCGUUCGUAAGCUAUAAAAUUUACCGAACGUGAGAAACCUAUUGAUAUUACGUAAUAACGUUGAAUUCCCAUCACAGUCAUUUCUCCAACAGAAAAUCUCUUUAGAACUUCUAAUGAGGUGUCUGUACACAAUACAUUACCUCGAUGUGCUAACUUGUUGCUUAUGAGAGGGAAUCAGUGACUGGGUCGAUCUUGCGUUAAAUGAGCUAUUUUAAACUUCUGAAUAAUGACGUCAAUCAUCUUGCAAAUGAUUCGAAUGAAGCUUAAAAUUGCAAUCAACCACCGCAAUAUUCAUUUACUCUUUAUCUUAUAGAAAAGGCUGUACUAUAUUUAGAAUAUUCUUUUACAGUUUUUUAUUCAAUGUACAUGUACAAAUUAGAACGUAUAUUCGAAUGGAAAAAAGUACGCAUGUACAGAUGUUCAUUUAUGUCAUAUACAGCACAUGAAAUAAUCCAGUGUACGUAUGCAUACAUAUUGAUAUACUGUAUAUAUAUAUAUAUAUAUAUGUAUAUCAAGUAUAUAGACUAUUUAUACUACUUAGGAAGGUAAUAAUAUCCUUUUUAUGUGUCACAGCCCUCGAAAUUUCUUGUAGAAAUAACAAUUAAUUUCAACUAAAUUCAUUAGAUCGUAUGAAGUCAAUCAGAGCGUAAAAAUAGACCUAAAUCAUCACCCUUUCUUUUAUCAAAUAAAGGAUACUUGGUUUAGAUGUCGACACUAUUUUAAUUUGCUUUAUUUUGUAAGAUAACGAAUUCCCUAGAGUUUUCUAUCUUUAUCUUUUUAUCUGUACACUUUUCAUCAGAAGUUAAAGCUCAAGAGAAAUAAGUCUAGCUAGUUAUGCGCAGCCGGUAGACGCUCCCCACUCCCUCUCCUCUCUAUACUUUAAAUUAUUUUUUAAGGUUCCCACGACAAUGCUUUUAGAAAUGCCAAAGUUACAGUAUAAAGAUGAUAAACAAUGGUAUUUUCUCUUUAUUCUUCAACUUUAAGCAUCCUAAAACUUUAUUAAACUUUUAAUCCUUCUGUAUCAAUUUAGGCCUAAAAGCGAAAGCAUUUAAUGAAAUGACGAUGUUGCAAAGUCUCGACAAGAGUGUUAACAAAUAGUAAUAUAUCAAUUGAAGGUCUACUACUUUACUAGAAAUUACUUUUUUUUUUAUGUAUACUUUAAAUGUUAUACUACCUAUUUUUCAUUAAUAGAAAAUAUAUAACAAUAUAUUUACGUAUCAAUUACAAAAAGGCUAACAUUUUAAAAUAUUGUAAUAACAAAGAUUAGUGGAAUAUGUUUUCUAACAGAUUAACUUUUUGUUUAUGAACAAAAUUAUUUUACAGAGGAAAAAUUUUUUUACUAAAAACAGAAAAGAUAUUAAUGCGAUACAGGAAAAACAUCUUCGUUAUGUAUUAAUACAAUCUUCAUUCUCUAUUACUGUAUAUACAGUAUUUUACGAUUCCAAGAAAUGUCUUUUCUUUUUUUUUUUGCCCUAUAAGAAUCAGUCAUUGACUAAGCGAAGAUAUAUAUAUAUAUAUAUAUAUAUAUACAUUAAUAUAUAUCAAGGCAUACAUUUACAAAUUUAUAUAUUAAGUUAACUACUAAGUAAAUAUUGUAUCAUGAACUCUAAUACAAGGAUAUUUAAUUUUUCAGGAUGUGAAUAAUACGCAUUUUAUGUAUAGAAACCUACGUAUAUUAAUAGCAAUACCAAGUUACUAGUACAAAGCUUAUUAUUAUGAUUACUAUAUUUUUAUUAGAAUAUGACAAGAAUCAAUUGGAAGCGUCUCUCUAUAAUUAUCUUGACUAUCUGUUCCGAAAAUGGCAUUAUCCACCGUUAAAAAAAAGGGGAUAACUUUUUCUUUUAUCUAAUCAAUAAUAUGCAGCUAAUUUAGAAUUUUUUAGUCUAAAAUCUAAAUAACAUUUGUUUUAUUCUCUUGUCCUUCUCAUCGCCUUUUUUUUUCUCUUCUUUUCAUUUGCAAAAGAUUGUUCGACUUUAUUAGUUUCAAUUAUAGUAAUACUUAGAUUGGCAGAGACACUUAUUCAUUUUGCUUGUUUUAUUUUCUUAUAAAAUUUAAAUAAAAGUUAAUUAUUUAGACUAGAUGUGAAUUUUAUUUGAAAAAUAUUAGAUCUGAUCAUAAUAGAGGUCACAUUAUAAAUAAAGAAUAUAUCAAGAAUAUUCUGUAUAUAUAUAUGUAUAUUUGUAUAGUAGUAGAAAUAAAAUAAAGUAUAUUUGAUCUAGGAAAGAUAUGGAAUGCAUGCGAAUACGCGCAUAUGUCUUGUGUCCGCUAUAAAUCACUUUGGAAUGAACAUAACAAAAAGAUAAGAUUGCAUUUUAAUUUUGCUUUAUACCCCGUUUGACAAUUAGAAGUAAGAUUACCUUUAGAUGUUUGGUUUAUAAAAAAAAAGCGUUACUCUAAUUUGCCUCUUAUCGGUAGAACUAAGGAAUAAAAGAUUUCUCAAAAGAAAAUUUCCGGAUUAUUCCUAAGUAGAAGUAGUUGAGAUAUACAGGAGCUUAAAAAGGUAAAGAAGAGGAAAAAGUGAGAAAGAAGCUUCCUGAUAUUGAACGAUAAUUAAGUACUUCUUUUCUUCUGUGAGAAAAUAAAGGUUUGGAAAUAAGUAUAAGAGUUUUAUAAUGAAUGAAUGGAUAGAUGAAAGAGUCAGUGAGUACGGAUGAAAAGUUUAUUAAAACUAUAUUGAAUUUUAAAUAUUACAUAAAUUAUCAGUGCGUUACAGUUUCUGUUCUAGUGUACUGUGUUUAUAUAUAUAUAUAUAUAUACAUACAUACAUAUGUAUACUGAAUAUUAUCAUAUACAGGCAUAGAGAACUAUUAAUUGCCUAUAAUAUAAUACAAAAGUUUACCUGGCUAAUUAAUCAAUUAACCAUGAAAAAAACCAAUUUAUUCCAGGUGAAACAUUUGGCUAAUAGGGGAAAUUUCAAAAGAAUAGAAAAACCAUUUUUAUUCAAAAUGAACAAUUCUACUGGACAAUUUAAUGGUACUGUAGAUCCAGUGCAUACGCAUGAUUGCAUAAUUUUCAGAUUGGGUCUGUACACUGUACUUGGAUUCUUCUGCAUACUGGGUUUUAUCGGUAACGCUAUAUCGAUAUCCGUCCUAUCAAAGGACCAUACGUCACCGAUAGCAAGAUUCCUCCUGCAGACAAUCUCUUUAGCCGAUAACGCCUUCCUAUGUAUAUGGAUAAUGCAGUAUACAAUUCGUUAUUAUAUCGAAUACGCAUUGGGCGGCGCUGGGAAUAGUCCAGCGUGGUUAUAUACCAGAGUUUUUACAUUUCCUCUACUUUAUAUGGCGCAAACAGAAACAAUUUGGUUAACUGUUGUUAUAGCUUUGAAUCGCUACAUGGCGGUUUGCAAACCAUACUUGGGGGCUCGCUAUUGUAAUACACCCAUUACGGUAUACAGAGAAGUUGCUGUUGUUACUGCCUUCAGCAUACUCUAUAAUUUACCUCGAUACUUCGAAUUGAAAGUAGUUGAAACUGGAAAUGGAACAGCUUCUUGGGCACCAGCUAACUAUACGGCAAAUUAUUACUAUCGCGUAAUAUAUACAGAUGGAUUUUAUCAACUAUUCUCUUUUAUAUUGCCCUUAAUAAUAUUGGCGUAUGUUAAUAUAAACGUUACAUUGGCCUAUCGAGCGGCACAGAAACGGAAACAGAAGAUGAUAGGCAGGGCUAGAAAAGAGACUAAUGAGAACAAUAUAACUCUUGUUAUGAUAAUCAUCGUUUUGGUUUUUAUGUUAUGCCUUGCUCCAGCUAGAAUAGUACAAUUGGUGACCCAAUAUAAAUAUGAUCAUUGUCACGAGACAGCUUUCUACGUAAUUCACGUAGUGAACGUUUUAGAGGUAAGCUACUUUCUUUAAUUUUUCUUUAUUUAUUUAUUCACCUUAUUCUUUUCUUUUUCUCUUUUUUCUCCAAUAUUUUCUAUACUCAAGGUAAAAAAAUAGUCAAUUUAAGAUAUUAAAAUCUAUAUUAGUGCCUUUCUGAAACUAAUUAAUUAAAUUAUAAAGUUUAUGAUUACAUUUUUAUAUAGAAAAAUAAAACCAGUAAUAUAGGAAUUUCUAUAAAAUUACACUAUAUGUAUCUUUAGCCUAAACUCUAUAUGUAUAAGAGUAUACAGUAUAUAAUUUACUUACUAUAUUGUAAAUUGUAUAUAGAUAAUUAAAAUAUAUGUAUAGAGAGCCCAAUGUUUGCAGUAUUUAUAUUUAGAAAAUGGAAAAAUAAUCAAUCCCCUAUCAAUAGUUGCCUCCUUAUUUAUUCUACCUAUUCAUGUUCAUGGUAAAGUUAUAAUUAAUUUUCAAUUAGCUAUGUUUAUCAUCUAUUGUUGUUCAGAAAAAAAAUUGUCUUGUUUAUAAGUGAGAUUGUAUUAGGACACGACACUAAGUAGAUAAAGAAAUAUAGCUCGCCAUAGAGCCAUUAUAGUAUAAAAAAAAUAGAGAAUAGAAAGACAGAUAGGAAAAGACUUGCAUGCAUAAAUAAGACAUGGAAGAGGGCUUUUGAAAGAGAGCGACGAAGAAAAGAGAGGGGGGAGAAGGGGUAGAAAGAAAAGGACUGAUGAUGAUGAUGAUGCUGAUGAAUUGGAUAAGCAUGAUAUUGCAAAAUAUAGCGGAUAAAAAUAAAGACCUAAUACUAUAUUCUAAAUACUUUACCCAUUGCAUUUAGAAGAUAGCUUUAAUGAAAACAAACAAACAAACAAAAAACUCAGCUUUUCCAUUAUAAUAAAUAGAUAAUCCAUUGAAGAAUAAAUGAUGAAUAUUCGAAACUCUCCCUUCUUUUCCCCUUUCCACUUCUAUUUCCAAUUUUCUUUCUGUUUUAUCUAGUCGAAACGUUACAAAGAAAGAAAUGUAUUUCAUGUUUAUUUUUAAUUUUUUUCCCUUUUACAACACACAAACAAAAUAUAAUGAAAAAAGAAUAAGAAUGAAUGAACUAGUUCUCUUUUCUAGUCUGCAUAUGUGACGCUAUACGUGUUUUUCUCUUAAUUUAGGCUAUCCGAUGAUUUCAUUAGUGCCCUUUAAAAAAAAAGAAUAUCAUUUUCUUUAAAUAUUCAUGACUAUAUGUUUUAUUAUUUCUCUACUUCUCAUAAAUAAGUUAACAAGAAACGAAUUGGCUUAUGGAAGUCAAUUUGCAACUUUUAAAGAGAGCAUUACAUAUUAUUUAUUGAUUAUUUUGCUAAAUAAUGAGAUAAUGAGAUAAAUGGUUAUCAAAAAUUAAAUAGAGUUAUUCAGCAGUUGAAAGAGCCGUCAUAGAAUUUUGCCUUCGCCUAAUUUCACCCAUUGUUUUUCAACUCUACCGUAUUUAUUAGUUACAAGUCUAUUUUGAAUGUAGUAGAUAAAAUAGUCAUAAUUAUAACACAUAUUGUAUUUAGUUGUCACGGCACUUUCGUUGGACAAUUUUCUCAUUAAUUUGUAAAUACUAUAGUAGCGUGUGCAAUAAGUAGCUACACGUUAUCGGAAACUCGAAGACAAAUCCAGGAAAUUCUUCAGAAUCUACCCUUUUAUUUACAGUGUGUGCAAUAAGCUAAAAGGUUAUAUUCUGGUCGAAUAUAUUAUGUUUCUUUUCUCCUCUCCCUUCUUUUUCUAUUACUAUAAACAGCAGUUGUUUUUCUCUCUUUUCCUGAGGAUGUUCUUGUCAAUCGUCUAUUAUCCCUUUAUUUCCUUGGCUGAUGUGUUACUUGACAAGAAUUUAUAAAGGCAUAAGUUAUAUCUACUCCACUACCUCUUUCUCCUAUCCAUGCAUAACCCUCAGUAGGAAGCGGAGUGUAGCUAGAAAAAAUUUAAGGUGAAGAAGGAGAAAAUGGAAUAAAUGAUGGAAAUAAAUCUACUUAUAUUUUCUUCCAUGAUCAUACUGUACCUCUUUCGUAGCUGGUUACCUGGCAUUUCCUAUUACUUUAGAUAGAAGUUUCUUUUAUCAUACUUUUCCUUUAAGAUCUAAAGCGUUAAUUAUUUUCUUAUAUUUAUAUUAUUUAACACCUAUUUCAACUAAUAUUUAUUAAAAUAUACAAUUAAUAUUACAUGCCCUUUUCUCCUUGCCAAUUGUUUUUUAAAAUAGAAAAUUUCCUUUGGAUAUAUCUUAUAAAAGAAGAUUAUUAUUCCUUGGACUAAUUAGCUGAUUAUAACUGUUUAUACUUCGUAGCUUAUGCAAGUAAUAGCUGAUCUUAGGCACAAGAUCAUGUGACGUCUAAUGAUGUCUAAUUUUCUUAUUUUAAUGAUAAAACACGUAGCAUAUUUCCUAGUUGAUACGAAUCUGAUAAAGAAUAUAUUAACAAGAAUACAGGCUAUGUAUUAAAGGGCACAGUGCAUUAUAUUUUAUAUAUAUAUAUAUUUUCCCUGAUUGAAUCGGCAACGGAAUAAAAACAAUUCUAAUAUAUGGAAAAUAAAUGAGCCUAUUUAUAUAGUUUACAAAUAACAAGGUGCUAACCUUAAAGUAUAAAUGGAAAAGGAACAAAUAUUUUACGUUAUAGGAGAACGUAAAAUAGAAGGGCAAUGCAGAGAGAGAGAGAGAGAGAGGAUUCGGAAAUUAUAUACCUAGAUAAACAAUUCAUAUAAAAUUUUUGGAUGAUUUGAUAAUAAGAAUAGAUAAAAAUAGAUUAGAAGAAACUGAAUAUAAAAAAAGAUCUAUUGUAAAAAAGGCACAUAGAGAGAAAGGAAUGGAUGAGAAAAGAGAUGGUGAAAACGAAUAAAAAUUGAGAAAACUGAGAACCAAGGGAAAGAUAUAACAUUUGUUCUAUUCAUUUAGCCUUUUUAAAGUGUAGAAUGAAAAAAAAGAAACAAUUAAUAGGUUAAGUCCUUUUGUUCGGUAAAUUUUUGCCUAUUUAGGGAUGGGCUUGCUAUGUAACAGUACUAAUAACGACAGUUCCCAAUGGUAUUGUAAUUAGCAAUUCCACUGACCUUAACUUUCCUUUCAUAGAGAGCGACUAAACUAAAUUAAACUUGGUCGUCUAACAAGAGACAAUAUUGGAAAUAUUACAUUCCCUUAAAUAUUAGAGAGAGAUAAGAAGAAACAAAACUAGAGAGAAGGAAUAAGAUUGUUGAUUAUUGUAUUAUUCUAUGUAUAAAUUUGGUAAUUUGUUUUCUAGUUGAUUAUUAACAAAAUAAAAUUUAUGAAUUAUUGCUAUAAGAAAUAUUUUGGAAUAGGAAAAGUUAUUAGUCUUAUUGAUUCUUUACAUUUAUAGUAAUAUACUCUGCCAUAGUUUAAUAUAGAAUAUGAUAAAGGAAACAUUGCUUAACAAAUGUAACAAUUUUCCAUUGUAAUAUAAGAGAUUACCUAUUUUCUUUUCCAUAUAUGCUGUUUAUUCAAGUCCAAAUAUAAUACAUACUCACAGAAACAUACAUACAUACAUAUGUAUAAACAUAUACGUAUAUAUAUAUUAGUAUUACAUAUAUUAACAGCGCAUCAGUAGCGGUAUUGAAAGCAACAAUAAAGUCCAACUGUUACAUUUUCUGUGUUAAAAAAGCAAAAUGAAAUUUUUAACAGAAACCUUGUUGCUAAUAAUUUAUGCAAAUUAGAAUAAAUAUUAAUACUAUAACUAAUAUAUUUCUUGGAAAGUAAAUGUUCUGGGAAAGAGUUAGAAUUACAGACAGGGUAGAAUUUUAGUAGAUCACUUGCAUUAUUAAGAGGAAAAGUUUAUAAGUAACUUCUACAUUUCACUGUCAAUUUAAAAUUGAUUUACUCUUUCUCUCCUUUCCUUUGUCCUCUUUUUCAGCUUUUUCUCUCUUUCUACCUUUCCUUCUCUAUCUCUGUCCUUUCAUUUGCGAUAGCUAAUAACACUAAUGAAAUUAUAUAUGUCAUUUAUUUAACGUUUGAUAGAUUUGUUUGUUUGCAUACUAACGAUUAGAAACUGUUUGCAAGUAAUAAUAUACUUGCUUUAGUGCAUGAUUUAAUAAACUGUUUGGAGGCAAUAUUAUCCCGAUGAAAAGCUUAAAAUAAGUGAGGCAAAUCAUCUAAUUUAGUUCUUUUAAUAUAGAAAUAUUUUAUAUUCCUUUUCCCUUCACUUGUCUAGGUCAGCAAGUUCUUUUCUCUAAAUCACAUCAAUUGGAAAAAGAUUUUAUUUUCUUCAGGGAAAAUUUUCUUUUUGUUCAAUUGCAUCUAUCAGCGUUAUCGUGUAAUAUACAUGGCUUGAUUGCUAAGCUGUCUGUCUGUCUCUGUCUGUCUCUCUUUCUCUCUACCUUUCUUCCUGCUUUUCUCUAAUCCGGCUUUUUUUUUGUACUUUUAUACAGGUUUUGAACAAUUCUGUUAACUUUUUAAUAUAUUUCGUAUUCCGACGUCACUUCCGGGAGAUAUUUUGGACGAAGAUAUGCUGCUGUCGUCCAAGAGGAAUGUUGACUCAUAAAAGCGCCGGGACAACAGAAGGCUUGAGUUUAGUGGCUAUAGAGCGAACAGAACGGAAGAAUGGUGGUCUAAUCGAAGAAGAUGAAGAAGGAGAUAAAUUACAUGCUCAAUGUUGAUAAAAGAAGGAAGAGGAAGGAGAAGAAGGAAAAGAAGAGGAAAAAUGAAAAUUAUUGAUCUACAAAUGAAAAGGAGUUAAAGAGAAAAGAACAUCGAACAAAAUAGAAUUAAAUAUGCGUUUCGAUAAAAAGCAAAGUCCACCGUCUCGAGAGUGUAAAUAGUAUACCGCUAAAUUAAUUACGGUCUUUAGACGCGAUAAGAUACUGUAUUGGCGAAAAAAAUAUGUAUAAAUACAGGAAAUUUAUUGCACUCGCCUUGAUAUGCCUUCUUUGCAGUUGUAAUUUAAUCUUGCAUUCACACAAGAAAGGUAUAAAUUUAUGUUUUAAUUGAAUAUGAUUCUUUAGUCAUGCAUAAACCAUUUUCUCAAUUCUCCUAUAUUCUCAAUAUCAAUUUUUUCCUUGUGCCUUCUCCUUUUUUUCGUCUUAGCACGAUCCAGGCUUCUAAAUCAUAGACUAUGCUUGAUUUCUAUUCAUAAAUACACACACAUAUAUUUAUAUAAAUAUAUAUGUACAUAUAUAUUU